AGGAGGGCGGGAACGCGGGGCUGGCUGACCCUGGCGAUGGCGGACGCGGCGGCCUCCCCGGUGGGCAAGCGUCUGCUGCUUCUGUUCGCGGACACCGCGGCCUCGGCUCCGGCCCCCGUGGCGGCAGCGGUGGCGUGUGGAGGAGAUCCAGGGCCUGCGCUGCGCACUCGGGCCUGGCGGGCCGGCACGGUGCGGGCCAUGAGCGGGGCGGUGCCCCAGGACCUAGCGAUCUUUGUAGAAUUUGAUGGUUGUAACUGGAAGCAACACUCCUGGGUUAAAGUUCAUGCUGAAGAAGUUAUUGUGCUUCUCCUGGAAGGGUCGCUUGUAUGGGCACCACGGAAAGACCCAGUUCUUCUUGAAGGCACUCGAGUGUCAAAUGCACAGUGGCCAGCUCUGACUUUCACUCCCUUAGUAGAUAAAUUGGGUUUGGGUUCUGUGGUGCCAGUAGAAUACCUUUUGGAUCGAGAGCUUCGUUUCCUGUCAGAUGCUAAUGGAUUGCAUCUGUUCCAGAUGGGAACAGAUAGCCAAAACCAGAUCCUUUUAGAACACGCUGCACUGAGAGAAACAGUUAAUGCUUUGAUCAGUGACCAAAAGCUACAAGAGAUAUUCAGCCGAGGUCCCUACAGUGUUCAAGGUCACAGGGUCAAAAUAUACCAGCCAGAGGGUGAAGAAUGCUGGAUCUACGGUGUUGUAAGCCAUCAGGAUUCAAUCACCCGUCUUAUGGAGGUAUCUAUAACAGAGAGUGGUGAAAUCAAGUCAGUAGAUCCUAGACUUAUCCAUGUGAUGUUAAUGGAUAACGCAACGUCUCACACCGAGGGGGGUACGUUAAAAGCAGUAAAAUCUUCCAAAGGAAAAAAGAAGAGAGAGAGCAUAGAGGGGAAAGAUGGCCGGAGGAGGAAAAGUGCUUCGGACUCUGGGUGUGACCCUGCAUCAAAGAAAUUGAAAGGAGACAGGGGUGAAGUAGACAGUAAUGGGAGCGAUGGAGGUGAGGCAAGCCGAGGGGCCUGGAAAGGAGGUAAUACCAGUGGAGAGCCAGGGACGGAGCAGAGAGCCAAGCAACCACCGUCUACAUUUGUUCCCCAGAUUAAUCGCAACAUUCGCUUUGCUACUUACACCAAAGAAAACGGCAGGACUCUGGUGGUGCAGGAUGAGCCUGUAGGCGGGGAGGCACCUGUACCUUUCACUCCAUAUUCUACAGCUGCAGGUCAGGCACCUUUGGCUCCAGAGGUGGGUGGAACUGAAAACCAAGAGGCAGGAAAAACACUGGAACCAGUUGGCCAGGGAGUGGUGGCUGCUGCAGGUGUGGUCACUACUGCCAACUCCACCCCAACCACGGUGAGGAUUUCAGACACUGGCCUUGCAGCAGGGACUGGGCCGGAAAAACAGAAAGGCAGCUGGUCGCAGGCGGCAGGAGAGAAUUCAAGAAAUUCUCUUCUGGCCUCUUCUGGAUUUGGAGUGUCUCUUCCAAGUUUGUCACAACCAUUGACUUUUGGAAGUGGGAGGAGUCCGUCUAAUGGAGUUAUAGCCACAGAGAAUAAACCUUUGGGCUUUUCUUUUGGUUGUAGCUCUUCUGUACCAGAGUCUCAGAAAGACUCUGAUCUCUCCAAAAACUUGUUUUUUCAAUGUAUGUCCCAAACUUUACCCACCAGUAACUACUUCACUACGGUUUCAGAGAGUCUGGCUGAUGAUUCCUCUAGCCGGGAUUCAUUCAAACAAAGCCUUGAAAGCUUGAGCUCGGGCCUGUGUAAGGGUAGGUCUGCUCUUGGAGCAGACGCUAAGGCAGGCUGUAAAGCUGGCAGCUCUGUGGACCGCAAAGUGCCUGCAGAGUCCAUGCCCACUCUCACUCCAGCCUUCCCACGGAGCCUCCAAACCACCCGCACCCCAGAGAACCAUGAAAAUCUAUUUUUACAGCCACCCAAACUGUCCCGAGAAGAACCUUCUAACCCUUUCCUGGCAUUUGUGGAAAAAGUUGAACAUAGCCCUUUUAGCAGCUUUGCGUCUCAGGCCUCAGGAAGCUCUUCUGCGACCACGGUCACCUCCAAGGCACCACCCAGCUGGCCGGAGUCUCAUUCCUCCACAGAUUCAGCAUCUUUAGCAAAGAAGAAAACUCUCUUCAUUACCACUGACUCCUCCAAGUUGGUGCCUGGUGUUCUGGGCUCAACCAUUACCACUGGGGGUCCAAGCCUCUCUGCCAUGGGGAAUGGCCGCUCCAGCUCGCCCACCAGCAACCUCACCCAGCCCAUUGAGAUGCCUACUCUCUCCUCCAGUCCCACAGAAGAGAGGCCGACUGUGGGGCCUGGGCAGCAGGACAAUCCCCUCCUCAAAACCUUUAGUAACAUCUUUGGCAGGCACUCAGGCGGCUUUCUUUCCUCCCCAGCAGAUUUUUCACAGGAGAACAAAGCUCCUUUUGAAGCUGUGAAAAGGUUCUCACUGGAUGAGCGAAGCUUGGCUUGUAGACAGGACUCGGACUCCAGCACCAACAGUGACCUGUCAGAUUUGAGCGACUCAGAGGAACAGAUUCAGGCCAAGACUGGCCUGAAGGGGAUUCCGGAGCACCUGAUGGGAAAGUUGGGCCCCAAUGGGGAGCGCAGUGCUGAGCUGUUGCUGGGCAAGGGCAAAGGGAAGCAGGCUCCGAAGGGCCGGCCUCGGACUGCUCCCUUGAAAGUUGGCCAGUCAGUGCUGAAAGAUGUAAGCAAAGUGAAGAAGCUGAAGCAGUCUGGAGAGCCUUUCCUUCAAGAUGGAUCAUGCAUCAAUGUGGCACCUCAUCUGCACAAAUGUCGGGAGUGCCGCCUGGAGCGGUAUCGGAAGUUUAAGGAACAAGAACAAGAUGAUUCUACUGUAGCCUGCCGCUUCUUUCACUUUCGGAGGUUGAUCUUCACCCGAAAAGGAGUACUUCGUGUGGAGGGGUUUCUAAGCCCUCAGCAAAGUGACCCUGAUGCUAUGAACCUGUGGAUUCCUUCUUCCUCUCUAGCAGAAGGGAUAGACCUAGAAACCUCAAAAUACAUCCUUGCCAAUGUUGGGGACCAGUUCUGUCAGCUCGUAAUGUCCGAGAAGGAGGCCAUGAUGAUGGUAGAACCACAUCAGAAAGUGGCAUGGAAGCGAGCUGUGCGUGGUGUUCGGGAAAUGUGUGAUGUAUGUGAAACAACUCUCUUCAAUAUCCACUGGGUUUGCCGCAAAUGUGGAUUUGGAGUCUGCCUUGACUGUUACAGGCUCAGGAAAAGCCGUCCACGCAGUGAGACAGAGGAAAUGGGUGAUGAAGAGGUUUUCUCCUGGUUAAAAUGUGCAAAGGGGCAGUCCCAUGAGCCAGAGAACCUCAUGCCCACACAAAUCAUCCCUGGUACAGCUCUUUACAACAUUGGAGACAUGGUACAUGCUGCUCGAGGCAAGUGGGGAAUUAAAGCAAACUGCCCUUGUAUUAGUCGGCAAAACAAAUCUGUGUUGAGACCUGCUGUCACCAAUGGGAUGUCACAGCUUCCUAGCAUAAACCCUAGUGCCUCUUCUGGAAAUGAAACUACCUUCUCAGGAGGAGGAGGAGGAACUACAGCAGUAACAGCACCAGAGCCCGACCAUGUUCCCAAAGCCGACAGCACUGACAUCAGAUCAGAAGAGCUCCUGAAAGCAGAUGGUUCAGCAUCAAAUAGCAAUAGUGAGCUAAAAGCCAUCAGGGCCCCGUGCCCGGACACUGCUCCUCCUUCCUCUGCCCUGCAUUGGUUGGCAGAUUUAGCAACUCAAAAGGCUAAAGAAGAAACAAAAGAAGCAGGGUCCCUGAGGUCGGUGCUCAAUAAAGAGUCUCAUUCACCCUUUGGGCUGGACUCAUUCAACUCCACUGCAAAAGUCUCUCCAUUGACUCCAAAGCUUUUUAACAGUCUGUUACUCGGUCCUACUGCCUCCAACAACAAAACUGAGGGCUCUAGCCUCCGAGACCUCCUUCACUCCGGGCCUGGAAAGCUUCCUCAAACCCCCUUGGACACAGGCAUACCCUUCCCCCCGGUCUUCUCUACAUCCUCAGCACAGGGUGCGAAGAACAAGGCCAGUCUACCAAACUUUCUUGACCACAUAAUUGCCUCGGUGGUAGAAAAUAAGAAAACCUCAGAUGCUUCAAAGCGGGCCUGCAACUUGACUGACACCCAAAAGGAAGUAAAGGAAAUGGUGAUGGGGUUGAAUGUACUGGACCCCCAUACUUCUCACUCCUGGCUUUGUGAUGGGAGGCUUCUGUGUCUCCAUGACCCCAGCAACAAAAACAAUUGGAAGAUUUUCCGAGAGUGUUGGAAGCAAGGUCAGCCAGUGCUGGUAUCAGGAGUACAUAAAAAGCUCAAGUCUGAACUCUGGAAGCCAGAAGCCUUUAGCCAGGAAUUUGGAGACCAGGAUGUAGACUUGGUGAACUGCAGGAACUGUGCAAUAAUUUCUGAUGUAAAAGUUCGGGAUUUCUGGGAUGGCUUUGAGAUCAUAUGCAAGCGACUAAGGUCAGAAGAUGGGCAGCCAAUGGUGCUCAAACUCAAAGACUGGCCUCCUGGGGAAGAUUUUCGGGACAUGAUGCCAACAAGGUUUGAAGAUCUGAUGGAGAACCUUCCUUUGCCAGAAUAUACCAAACGAGAUGGCAGGCUCAACCUGGCCUCUAGGCUACCCAGCUACUUUGUAAGGCCUGAUCUAGGCCCCAAGAUGUACAACGCCUAUGGAUUGAUAACAGCAGAAGAUAGAAGAGUUGGCACAACAAAUCUCCACUUGGAUGUGUCUGAUGCUGUUAAUGUGAUGGUGUAUGUUGGGAUCCCCAUCGGGGAGGGUGCUCAUGAUGAAGAGGUACUCAAGACAAUUGAUGAGGGAGAUGUUGAUGAGGUGACAAAGCAGAGGAUUCAUGAUGGAAAGGAGAAGCCAGGUGCUUUGUGGCACAUCUAUGCAGCCAAGGACGCAGAGAAGAUCCGGGAGCUUCUCCGAAAGGUUGGAGAAGAGCAAGGCCAAGAGAAUCCCCCUGAUCAUGACCCAAUUCAUGACCAAAGUUGGUACCUGGAUCAGACCCUCCGCAAGCGACUCUAUGACGAGUAUGGAGUGCAAGGCUGGGCCAUUGUACAGUUCCUCGGUGACGCUGUCUUCAUACCUGCCGGAGCCCCACACCAGGUUCAUAAUCUGUAUAGUUGCAUAAAAGUAGCAGAAGACUUUGUAUCUCCAGAACACGUGAAGCACUGUUUUCGCCUGACUCAGGAAUUCAGGCAUCUCUCCAAUACUCAUACCAAUCAUGAGGAUAAACUGCAGGUAAAGAACAUCAUCUACCACGCGGUGAAGGAUGCUGUUGGUACCCUCAAGGCCCAUGAGUCCAAACUGGCAAGGUCUUAGACUCGCGACACUCACAGGGAAUGACGAGGUUCUCUGCGGGAGCAGAGGCCGCUCACCCGGAGCCACGGCGUGGUCAGUAUUACAAACUCUCCAGCCACUCUUUCUAUGCUGCCUCAACACUGAAGGUUGACACAGGAACGUUGCACUGUUCACACACACAGUUUCAGACUUCAAGCUGAGGGUGCCACCUCCCUACCCCCAGGCCUUUGGGAAUCCGGAUUGCCGGGAGCAUCGAUGGGCUUUCUGCUCGUCCUUCCGAUUUGAGAUCCAGGAACUAGGAAUGUGGCACCUCUCCUUCCUGUUCCUCUCGUGCCUAGUUAAGUGGGAAUGUGUUUGCAGGUACAGAACUGGUACAAGGAUGGGGGAUUCUUUAAAUAUACCUGGUGGAAGCCUGACAGUGUCUCUGCACGUGACCUCUGAGAUGGCCCAUCCCAGGAAUUGGGGUGUAGCCAUUCCCCACACUCUCCAUAAACACUGGAGUCUUACAGGACCCAGGGAGAGCCCACUGCUUUUCCCAGGAGGCUCCAGGAUUAGGAAAUGUGUGUAUUUAGUGAAAAAAAAAUAGGUUUGUAGUGAAAUAGUUACUAUUUCAUGAAAGUAGAUAUUUUUAGAAUUUUUGAAAUACCACAGUUGUUUUCCUGGAUUAUGAGGAAAGGCACAUUACAUUUAGUCUUCCUUUCGAUAAAAUUCUUUGAAGAAAUAAGAUUUUUAGAAAUCAGCUGCCCAUUAUAGCACAAAGUCAGCCAAAGCAGAAUUUAGAAGAAUUGGCUUUUUAGAGUUCUUUUCGUUUCUCCCUUCCCUCUCUGUCUUCUGGUGAGGGAACCGUCGUCUGAGAAAGAACUUGCUCGUGUCCGAGCUGUGGUGCGCCCCCGGUCUGCACACACUGGCCUCCAGGAACCAUUUUCACCCGUUACCAGCUUUCCCUUGGGACUCCUUGUACGUUUCAAAAUGAGACGGAAAGUUUGAUUUCCAACAUGAGGGUUUUCUUGUUUUGUUUUUUGGGGUUUUGUCCAGAAAUAUUUUCAGCAAAACUUUCCAACUCAGUGAAGUUUUUAUUAAGAAUUUAUUUGAAAAUAAUGGAACUCAUUGGCCCACAGGUACAUUGGAAAAUGUAUCUCUUUCCAGCUGUACUGUAGUGCCCUACAGGCAGGCGUGUUUAUAUGUUCACAGUUACUUUUUUUUUUUAAUAAAAGUCAUUUACUGUAGAAUUUAAUUUCACUUUCUGUAUUUUAAUUUUGUUGAAGGGCUGAUUGGGAUUUCCAUGUUCUUAUUAAAAAUCUAACAAAUC